AACUUUUUGUCUCCAGCAUCUAUAGGAAGAUCUGAGGCUUGCUAGAGACUUGGACUGUAUUUGGCUGACCCAAGAUGUGGCAUUCUGUAGCUGUAACAUGUUUGAUCCAUGGAAUUAUUUUGGUGCAAGGACUCUCUGACAGCAGGUCAAAUGACAAUCCUGAAAUGUAUAUGAAUAUUAGUGAAAUAAUUCAAUACAGGGGAUACCCCAGUGAGGAGUAUGAUGUUGUGACAGCAGACGGCUAUAUCCUCAGUGUUAACAGAAUUCCUCAUGGGAAAGUAAAUGCUGACAAUGCAGGUCCAAAGCCUGUUGUGUUUCUGCAGCAUGGUUUACUUGCAGAUGGUUCCAGUUGGAUCAUUAAUCUGGCCACAAACAGCCUGGGCUUCAUUCUAGCAGAUGCUGGCUAUGAUGUUUGGAUAGGAAAUAGUAGAGGGAACACUUGGUCCAGACGACACGUAAACCUUUCAAUGCACCAAGAGGAAUUCUGGGCUUUCAGCUAUGAUGAAAUGGCUAAAUAUGACCAUCCAGCAGUGAUAGAUUUUAUUGUGCAGAAAACUGGACAAGAGAAACUGUAUUAUAUUGGACAUUCAGAAGGCACCACGACAGCUUUUAUAACAUUUUCAACCAUGCCCCAGCUGGCUCAAAGAAUCAAAAUGUAUUUUGCUUUAGCUCCUGUAGCCACACUUAAAAAUGCGCAAAGCUUGUUGACAAAGCUUGCAUUACUUCCCGAUGCAGUGAUCAAGACUGUAGUUGGUACAAAAGAAUUCAUACGACAGAAUUUUUUUGCUGACUUGUUUGCUGCUGAAUUUUGCAGCCAGGGCAUGUUAUCAGAGUUUUGUGGCAACCUCAUGUUUGAGCUGUGUGGAUUUAAUGAGAAGAACUUAAAUAUGAGCCGAAUAUAUGUGUAUAUAACACAUGCCCCAGCUGGAACCUCUGUACAAAACAUAAUUCACUGGAAACAGGCGAUUAAAAGUGGUAAACUGAAAGCUUAUGACUGGGGAAUACCAUCUAACAAAGUCCACUAUGAUCAGGAUACUCCGCCCAUAUAUAAUGUGACAGACAUGCAAGUCCCAACUGCGAUGUGGAGUGGUGGAAAUGACUGGCUUGCUGACCCUAUCGAUGUUGACCUUUUGCUCCCACAAGUCACUAAUCUGGUUUACCACAAGGUGAUUCCUGACUGGAACCAUCUGGAUUUCAUCUGGGGCCUCGAUGCACCUGAGCGCAUGUAUAAUGAAAUCCUCGACUUGAUGAGGAAGAAUACAUAAAAAUGUGGCUUUGGGAUCAAGGAUUAUAUUAAUUUCUGUUGAUAUCUGUCUUAUUUGGUUUUUAAUGAAUUACAAAACUCUUUAUGUAUCUAUCUAUACUUGAUGAAUUUACUUUACUUUAAUAAAAUUCUCUUUAAUGAACUUCAGUAUUAGGGGAGCAGCACAAAUGUAUCCAAAGAAGGGAAAUAUUGAGUUGCAAUAUACAGUGCAUAUGCUAUGCUAUAAAAAUGUAAAUCCUUUGUUUUUCUAACGUGUCAAGCUUUAGAAAUAAAGCAUAUCAUGGAUAGGCAUGAAGAUCUGGUUCCAAGAUAAUUUUUUUGUGCUGGUGUCUAGAUGCCUUUUCUAUAAAAUUUAAUUGAGGGCAUGGGAGACAACUGAUAAAUAUGGCUAGACAGGACAUCACAAUGGUCCCAGUUCACACUUGGUUUACUUUGAGUACGUGCAUCAUUCCAUUGACAUUAGUGGAGCUAUACUGACCUAAUGCAGCCAAUGAUCUAGACUAGAGAUUUUAUUUUAUCACCCCAAUCAUCUGACCAGGGUCAGUCCUUACUGCUGUCACAUGGCUGAGGUCAUGAACUGACCUUAAUGAUUACUAAUACAGACCACAAAGAGGUGUCAUAUGUUUGUUGAACGAGCAUGCAGGGAAAAGGUUGGGUUAUUUUGAGGCUUGUUCUAC